AUGAAGUUCAUCCUGUCCACCCUCGCCCUGCCCUUGCUGGUGGCCGCCGCGCCGACUCCGAAGGAAGAUGCGACAACCAACCCGCCCUUCACCGUCAUGUCCCUUCGCUCGGGAUCUCCCAUCCACUUCCUCACCAUGACCGCCUCCGACGAGCACUUCUGGCUCGGCGGCACGACGGCAUCCUACUGCCCUUCGGAGGAGGGGAUCGUCUGCCCUCCGGGCAAGGACACUGUCUUUGCUGAGAAUGGCAAUUCGAUGGACGUCGAGGUCCCCGGCGGCCAGCAAGUCUACGUUGGCCCCGCCGGUGCGCUGAGAUACACCAUCGCGCACUCGGCCUCCAUGCCCGAGGGCUCCACCGUUGGAGGCAUGCACUACGAUGCUGAAAAGCCGUAUUCCUACUUGACCUUCAAGGGCCGGGGCGCCACAGGAUUGAUGGCCUGCCCGACCAAGGACCACAAGCAUUGGCAGGUGUUUGCGGCCCUCGAGGACGCCACGGUGCCGACUGGCAAUGUGAACGACUGCCUGGGUUUCGACGCAAUGGCCGUGACCUACAAGGGCAAGGUCCCGGCCUGGCAGUACAUGUAA